AAACAAACCAUGUGCUGAGUGCUAACAUGGCGAUUUUUCUUAAUCAUCAACAUCAUUUAUAACAAAUCGUCUUACUUUCGUGCGAUUGUUAUGGGACUGGCAUUUGAUGUUCAAUAUUUUAUACUCACUGACCUUUUUGCAUUGUUUAGUUUACGAUAAAAUUGACGUGUAAGGAUGAGUGUCGACGCGUACGGUCCAAGCUCUCAAACGCUGACAUUUUUGGAUACCGAGGAAGGAGAUCUUAUCGGUGCUGACACCCAAGGCUCUGAAUUCGAAUUUACCGAUUUCACUCUUCCAUCACAAAGUCAAACACAGGCAUCUCAACAUGACCAUGGAAUAACGUCAUCUAAUCAAGUGAACGGCCUCGGUCGGGCAGAUCUUAAUUCGAAAGUUUCAACCGUAGCUAAUGCUAUAGCGGAAUUACAGUUUGAGGAAGAGGAUGAAGCACUGUACAGCAGCAAAGAACUGCCAGAUCAUGCGUGCAAAUACUGCGGGAUUCACGACCCUGCCACCGUCGUUAUGUGCAAUAUAUGCAACAAAUGGUUCUGUAAUGGACGAGGAAACACUUCAGGAUCGCACAUUAUUAACCAUCUUGUGAGAGCCAAGCACAAGGAAGCAGCACUGCACCGUGAUGGACCUCUAGGGGAAACAUUACUGGAAUGUUACUCUUGCGGUGCUCGGAAUGUAUUUGUCCUUGGCUUUAUUCCUGCAAAGGCUGAUUCUGUUGUAGUACUUCUUUGCCGCCAACCUUGUGCAGCCCAAAGUUCCCUGAAAGAUAUGAACUGGGAUCAAGAACAGUGGAAGCCUUUAAUUUCCGACCGUGCAUUUUUGUCAUGGCUUGUGAAAGUACCAUCAGAGGCCGAGCAAAUGAGAGCUAGACAAGUGACACCACAGCAGAUAGGACGCCUUGAAGAACUUUGGCGUGAUAAUGUUGAUGCUACUUUUCAAGAUUUAGAAAAACCUGGAGUUGAUGAAGAGCCGCACCAAGUUCUGCUAAGAUAUGAAGACGGAUACCAAUAUCAGAACAUAUUUGGUCCUCUUGUGAAAUUGGAAGCUGACUAUGAUAAAAGACUCAAGGAGUCUCAGACGCAGGAAGGAAUAGAAGUUCGCUGGGACGUUGGUCUCAACAAAAAGACCAUUGCUUACUUUACACUAGCCAAGACCGAUAGUGAUAUGAAGCUAAUGCAUGGAGAUGAAUUGCGGCUAAGAUAUGUUGGUGAACUUCACAAAGCUUGGUCUGGUGUUGGUCAUGUGAUCAAAGUACCAGACAACUACGGAGAUGAUGUCGGGCUUGAGUUGAAAAGUGGAGCGGGUGCACCACUUGAUUGUACUUCUAAUUUUGUAGUAGACUUCAUUUGGAAAAGUACUUCUUUUGACAGAAUGCAGCUGGCACUUCGUAAAUUUGCUGUAGAUGAUUCAUCUGUUUCUGGCUACAUUUACCGACGCCUCUUAGGCCAUGAAGUUGAAGAAGUACUGUUUCGGGUGCACUUACCAAAACACUUUAGUGCACCAAAUCUACCCGACCUGAAUAGAUCUCAGGUAUAUGCUGUCAAACAUGCACUUCAGCGGCCUCUUUCUUUGAUUCAAGGACCACCAGGAACUGGUAAAACUGUUACAUCAGCAACAAUUGUGUAUCAGCUCGUUCGACAAAACGGUGGCCCCGUUCUCGUAUGUGCACCAUCGAAUACUGCCGUUGAUCAACUUACUGAAAAAAUUCAUAGAACAGGACUUAAAGUUGUCCGUCUUUGUGCAAAAUCUAGAGAAGCCAUGGAGUCAUCCGUUUCCUUCCUAGCAUUACAUGAGCAAGCCCGUGCUCUGGGUUCAGCGGAUAGUGAGCUUCGUAAGUUGACAAGAUUGAAAGAGGAAGCUGGGGAGUUGUCCGCUGCAGAUGAAAGACGAUACAGAGCACUCCGUAGAGCUGCAGAACGGCGACUUCUCGAUGCUGCAGACGUUGUCUGUACCACUUGUGUGGGUGCAGGAGACCCGAGAGUUGCUCGAAUGCGUUUUCAAUCCAUCCUUAUAGAUGAAGGCAUGCAAUCUACUGAGCCUGAAUGUAUGGUACCAGUUGUACUUGGUGCAAGGCAACUUAUCCUUGUCGGUGAUCAUUGCCAGUUGGGCCCUGUUGUGAUGUGCAAAAAGGCUGCUAAAGCAGGUUUGAGUCAAAGCCUAUUCGAGCGACUUGUGGUCCUUGGAAUUCGUCCUUUCAGACUAGAGGUACAAUACCGUAUGCACCCUGAACUUUCGCGUUUUCCAUCUGAUUUCUUUUAUGAAGGUUCUCUCCAAAACGGAGUUAGUGCCGAAGAAAGACGUUUACAUAAAAUUGAUUUUCCUUGGCCGAGACCAGAUAGACCUAUGUUCUUUUACGUCACUCAAGGUCAAGAGGAAAUAGCUGGAUCGGGAACGUCUUACUUAAACCGUACAGAAGCUGCCAAUGUAGAAAAAUUAACAACUCGCUUCUUAAAAGCUGGUGUCCGUCCAGAACAAAUCGGUAUUAUCACUCCUUAUGAAGGGCAGAGAUCGUAUCUUGUACAACAUAUGCAGUAUCAAGGAAGCUUACAUGCCAAACUUUAUCAAGAAAUCGAAGUAGCCAGCGUAGACGCCUUCCAGGGCAGAGAAAAAGAUAUUAUUAUCAUGUCUUGUGUGCGUUCAAACGAACAUCAAGGUAUAGGAUUUUUGAGCGAUCCUCGUCGUCUCAAUGUCGCUCUAACUCGCGCGAAAUACGGUUUGAUAGUAGUCGGAAAUCCUAAGGUUCUCAGUAAGCAGCCCCUAUGGAACCAUCUGCUCGCAUUCUACAAGGAGCGUCGCGUUCUUACAGAGGGGCCUCUGUCUAACCUCAAGGAGUCAGCGAUACAGUUUGCAAAACCUAAGAAGCUGGUGAACGCUCACAAUCCGGGCUCGCACUUUAUGUCGACGUCGAUGUUCGACGCCCGCGAGGCGAUGGUACCUGGCUCCGUAUACGACCGCGCUAGGCCGCUACGGGACCCGUUGGCGUACGUGGGCCCCGAGAGGGCCGCUCUACUUCACGCCCCGGUACCGCCCGCAGCCUUCGCUUCGCACCGCGGUCUUCGCCUACCGCCGACUAACCAGAGAAGUGGGAGAAAACGGCCGCCUCGUCUCUCACAGGAGCCGCUGUCGCAACAACCCCCGCUGUCGCUAUCGCAGGGCGCCUCGCAGCCCGACUUCAGCCAGGAGUCGGCGGCGCCGGACUGCCCGUCGCAGCCCGAUGGGCUCCUGUCGCAGGACUCCACGUACCAGGGGGGGUUCCGCGCGCGGUGCAGCCAGUACUGAAGCCGCGGCCCGCGCCCCGCUGACCCCCCGGGUGGAAGACGCUGACGGGAGCCCCGGAGCCGCGCCGACCGCUGCGUGCGGCCGCCGGACCACUAGUUCUCGCCUCUCGACCUCGGACGUGAACUCUGAGUAUCGAUUGUGACGGCGCGUAGCGUACCUACACGGUAGAUUCGAUUCGCGCGAGGGAUUUAUUCGUAAAUUUACAGGUAUAGAAAUAGAGAUGUUUGAUCAGAUAAUUCGAGACUUCGUUGACUCGUAGAUCGUAGCAUCGAUUCAGUAAAUGGGUAUAACACUUUACAUGUCUUCGACCAUUAAGCACAAAAUUUGUUUAUUUAAAGUGUGAUUUGAUAAUCGUAAAAUACUAUUGAAUUGAUAUACUACCGUUUCAAAUCUAAGGUACGGAAUCAUCAUUGUUCGCCCAUUAGUAGAUAAUUUCUUUAUUUUAAAAACAAAACUAAAGAGAAAAAUAUGAUAGAUCUUUACACAUUAAGGGCAAUCUUUAUCGUGGUUUUGUUUUCAUUAUUCACUAUCGUUGAUAUAAGCAAUCAUUAAAAUCAAUGCUCUGUAUUAGACAAUAUUCAGCAAUAAAUGUUUAUUGUUUUUCCUUCAUGAAUUUUAAAAAUCAAUAUUAUUUUCAGUACAACCUAUAGUUUCUGUAUACUUAUUGUAUAGAUAUUUUCCUUUUCUGCACUCUAUUUACAUUUAAUACGCUUAGUACUUAUUUUUUCACAGCAGAAAAAAAAAACAAAGGAUGUAAAAUUAUAAAUUGUAAUAAUCUUAAAAUUGGAUUACUAUUUAUUAGUGUUAGUUUGUGAUAUGUCAUUUUCACAGAAAGAUAUUAAAUAGUUUGUUAAUAUUUUCAUUAAAAUGACCUUGUCGAUACUUUACUUUGAAGAUUUGAUAAAAAAAAAUGACAAACUUUUUACGUCAUUACAGUCUUAGGAAUAUCAACAACCCCCAUGAUUCCGUGUUAAACGGGGUCACUGUUCAAAUGUUUUAACCUAUAAUCUUAAAGGCCUGUUUUACCGGUUUCUGAUAAAGCUCCUUGAUUUAUAACGGUAUUCAAAGUAAAAGUUCUUUUCUUUUUCGCUAUCAAACUAUUUUAUCAGUCAGAUAUUUCGACUCUCAACCUGUACGAAAUUUGUUUAUUAGUCGACAAGCCCUAAUGGCCUUUUUUACCUCCCGGUAUCUAAUCGAAUAAGUAUCAAUAACUACACAUCGAUGGCUGCUAAGUAUACUGAGUCAACUCUACUUCUAAUAACUUUAUUUUUUUGUUACAUAGGUAGAUAGGAAAUGAAGUAAAUGUUAUUAAUAUCUUAAAAAAUGAAAUAGUCAAAAGUUGUCAGUUGACUCAGUAUGCUUAGGAGCCAUCGACAUGUUCUAAGGUAAACUUCAUCAAUAACCGGUGAUACAAGCGCUAGAUUACAUGUUUGUUUAUUUAUGACAUUUUUUUUACAAUAUGUUAAUAUAAAAUGAUAAAAUGUACUUUUGUACUGUAUAAACAGAUAUACAAUUUUUGUAGUUAGGGAAUUUCUAACAUAACGAUGUGGCUCAACAUAUUUUAUUUUGUUUCGUGAAGGAAAAUCAAUAAAGACACCCAUUAAA